GUAUAAUUAUUACAGAGUGAAUGUCUUCCUUCCAGACCCGACCCGUCGAUCUGCUCUUCCUAAUACUUAAUCUUCUCCUUCUAGUUCUACCUCAGAAUUCGGUUCGUUGUUACCCGGAUGACCCGUUUGUUCCGAUCCAAAUCUUACCCUUCCGGCCAAUUCGCCGGCGGUUCUCGAUCGGCGCUCCGCGCUUGCGAUGAAGAUUACGAGUGCGACGAGGAGGCUGUGAGGCGAGGGAAUUCUGGGGCUUCCGAUGCUGUGACGGCGCCGUUUCGGCGCAAGAAUAGGGGUCAGGAUGCGGCGCAACCGUUACUGACGGCGCUGGUGGCGGCGCUGAGGAAGUCGCUGGUGAGUUGCAGCACAGUCGAGAGGGACGAUGUGGCGGACAACAUGGACAUCGGAUUGCCUGUCGACGUUCGGCACCUCUCUCACGUCACCUUCGAUCGAUUCGAUGGAUUUCUCGGAUUGCCGGAUGAGCUCCGGCCCCACGUCCCAUGCAAAGUCCCCAGCGCCAGUAUGAGUGUAUUUGGAGUUUCUGCACAGUCAAUGCAGUGCUCUUAUGAUUAUAGAGGAAACAGCGUGCCUACUAUUCUUCUUAAGAUGCAGAGUCGCCUGUAUUCGAAUGGAGGACUUCGGGUAGAAGGAAUAUUCAGAAUAAAUGCUGAGAAUAAUGAAGAAAAAUGUGUUAGAUAUAUGCUGAACCGAGGAGUUGUUCCAUAUGGGAUCGACGUCCAUUGCUUGGCUGGAUUGAUCAAGGCGUGGCUAAGGGAGCUGCCGAGUGGGGUUCUUGAUUCUCUUUCCCCAGAACAGGUGAUACAGUGCAACACCGAAGAAGACUAUGCACGACUUGUUGGUCUGCUUCCUCCCACCGAAGCUGCACUGUUUGACUGGGUGGUGAAUUUGAUGGCAGAUGUGGUGGAGCAAGAGCGUUACAACAAGAUGAAUGCUAGAAAUAUUGCCAUGGUUUUUGCCCCAAACAUGACCAAGGUGGCUGAUCCAUUGGUGGCUCUGAUUCACGCAGUUCAUGUCAUGAACUUCCUCAACGCAGUUAUAAGGAAGACCCUUGUUGAAAGAGAUGGUAAAGUUGGGAAUCAGAAAGCUGGGUUGAAGAAGAGUGAAAUCAUUGUGAGUCUGGGACUGUAAAUAUAGUUUGAAAAAAUGGGUUAAAAUAUGUUCUUUACAGUGCUAUAGUGUGCAGUUUUCUUCACUCGUGUAAAUGGUUCCAUUUAUAUAAAUGUAAAUAUAAAUAUUAUACUCUUGAUAAAUAAAUCACCCCAUUUCCUUAGGGGUGGUUCUUAGCAAUGUCAUGGGAUGACUCGGGAAGCCUACGAAAAAUUGACGGUUCAUACCUCCCUUAACUCCCCCAUCCCCCGGUAAACCCCCACCCCGGCCCAAAUUUUGACUCCAAAACCAAUAAACUUUUGAGGGUUAG